AAUGAAAUGGACUUGGCAGAAGCAUCUCCGAAUCGAUUCUCUGUUGCUUUAACCUACACAACUGUCCUUGGAGUUAUGCAGUUGAGACGCCGAAUAGAACAAUUCAGCAUUGUUUUCAACACCCCCCACUUGGCAAUUUCUCCUUGUGGCCGGCCAUUUCCCUUCCCUUAAAAUACACCGACGAAACCUUCUCCUUCACUUCCUUUCGUCUUCCUCGAUCGAACCCCCUUCAAUUCAUGGGUCUUCCUUUUCCUCCAAAACCCACCAUUUGAACGUACGUAAAGAUCGAUGGACAGGCUUAUAAGCUUAGAGCCCUCAAACCUCGUCCCUAUCCGUAUCGAACACGGCCAGAAAUGUUCCGGCGAGCUCACGUUGCGGAACGUCAUGUACACCAUGCCGGUCGCCUUCCGGCUUCAGCCGUUGAUCAAGACCCGUUACACUGUCAGGCCACAGGCCGGGAUUAUAUCUCCUCUCGCCACGUUAACUAUAGAGAUUGUUUAUCAUCUCCCGCCGGGCUCGAAUCUUCCACACUCGUUCCCUCACUGCGAUGACUCCUUCCUUUUGCAUAGCGUGGUGGUUCCGGGAGCGGCCAUUAAGGAACCUUCGUCUGGGUUUGAUGCUGUCCCAAACGACUGGUUCACGACCAAGAAGAAGCAAGUUUUUAUAGACAGCGGCAUAAAAAUCAUGUUCGUCGGCUCGCCAGUUUUGGCUCAGCUUGUGGCCGAUGGUUCUAUGGAUGAAAUUCGGGAUGUUCUUGAGAGUAGUGAAGUCGAUUCGAGGGCGGUGGACUCGGUGGACGUGCAUGGCCAAACGUUACUUCACUUAGCAAUUGCUCAGAGUCGAGCCGAUCUUGUCCAGUUACUUCUGGAAUUUGAGCCGGACGUGGAGGCUCAAAGCCGUUCAGGGUCGAGCCCGCUUGAGGCGGCAACGGUCGCCGGAGAAUCCCUGAUAGUGGAGCUAUUAUUGGCUCAUCGAGCUAGUACAGAACGGUCGAAGUCCGCUGCUUCGGGUCCGAUUCAUCUUGCGGCCGGCGAGGGUCACGUUGAUGUGUUGAGGCUUCUAUUACUCAAGGGGGCUAAUGUGGACGCGCUCACGAACGACGGGAACACGGCUUUACACCUCGCCGUCGAAGAGGGAAGAAAGGAGUGCGCGAGGCUUUUGUUGGCAAGCGGUGCGAGGGCUGAUGUCUGUAACGCCCGACAAGCAGGUGACACGCCAUUACACAUAGCCGCAAGCUUAGGCGACGAGCAGAUGGUGAAGCUUUUGCUACAAAAGGGAGCCAACAAAGACAUUCGAAACCGGAUCGGAAAAACGGCAUACGAAGUUGCAGCGGAGCACGGACAAAACCGGCUUUUCGAUGCGCUCAAGCUCGGAGACAGUCUAUGUGUUGCUGCUCGAAAGGGCGAAGUAAGAACAAUCCAAAGGCUUGUUGAGAACGGCGCAGCCAUUAAUGGGAGAGACCAACAUGGAUGGACUGCACUGCAUAGAGCCUCGUUUAAAGGGAAAAUCAAUGCAGUGCGAGCUCUAAUCGAGAGAGGUAUUGAUAUUGAUGCUAAAGACGAAGAUGGUUACACAGCUUUGCACUGCGCGGUGGAGUCCGGACAAACUGAAGUGAUAGAGUUGCUUGUAAAGAAGGGAGCUGAUGUGGAAGCGCGAACCAACAAGGGCGUGACUCCGCUACAAAUAGCUGAAUCUCUGCACUACAUUGGUGUCACAAGAAUCCUCAUCCAUGGCGGCGCUACCAAAGAUAAUAUGAUACUGGUUCCAGCAUCCGGCCCGGUUCCGUUCGGAAACAAAAAGCUUGCCGCGAAAGAGACGGAAAUGGGGGACCUGAAGAAGAAGAAGUCCGGUAGAGCCAGAGCGCUUCGGAGUAGCUUUGAUCGGUCACUGCCGUUGGCGGUGCUCUAGCAAGUACUUCCCGUCAAAAUGGAUCUUUGUUUUCGGCUCUAAAUACAUAUUGUUGUUACUAUAAGUUGUUAAGAAAAUUAUAUGAAGUUCCACGUACAUGUAUUGAUUUGUAUCAUCCUGCAUGCCAAAGAAUCCGUUGGUAGCCUUAUGUAAGAUGAUAACUAGCUCUUUCUUGCA